AUGCAACUUCUUUUGAACAUAUUAGAACAAUCAAUAAUGUUCAAUAUGAUACUUUCAAAGCUCUACUUUGUAGAAUAUGGAAUUCUUACUCCCAAAAAUAGUGAAGUUAAUUCAAUUAAUUCAUGCAUUAUAAACUUAUAUCCUAGACAAGAAAUUGAAUAUUUGAGCACUAAUAGCAUUAAUAAUAUACUAGAAUCUAAUAUUAAUAAUUAG